CGCAGCCGUUUCGGCUCACCCCGCGUCGGCCCGAGAGCCCCGACGCCCCUGCCGUGUGAAUCUCCCCGCGCCGUCUCCAUAGAAAAACCACCCAGCCUUACCAUCACCCGCUUCGCCUCGAGGCCGCGAUGCGCUAGCGGCCUGGCGGUCCGCCUCGGGGAAGACCAGCGCUGCGGGCGAUGGGAGCUGGCCGCCCAGCCUUGCCGCGUCCAGCGGUGCCGCUGCUGCUGGCGCUGCUGCUCCUGGUGGGGCCAGCGGCAGGCGCAGUAUUCUCGCUGGAGGAGAGGUCGCCGCCCGCGAGCGCCACCGGCGUCGGCGCGUGGCAGCAGGUGAACGUCGUGGCGCACCCCCUGGAGUUUCGCGCGCCAGCCCCGCCGGCAGCGGGGGCGGCCGAGGCGCAGCUCUCGGUGUCCGCGGGCGCCUGGCUGACCGGCGGCGACGGGUGGGAGGGCAGGCUCUCCGGCCUCACCGCCCUCGGCUCGAACGGCCCGUCUGUGCGGCUCCUUGCGCUGUCCGACUCGGGCUUCUGGGUGCAGCUGACCGUGGACGUCGGCUCGGGCGCCCUGUCGGUCCACGAUGUGGAGCAGGCGCCGCUCCUGGAUACGCUCGGCAGGCCCAUGCACACCCUGGGCUACGGCACCGUGUUCGAGGGCGUAUCGCUCCACGGGGACGACCUCCUCGUCGCCACGGAGCCCACCCGCACAAGGGAGACCGACUACGCCGGAGCGGGCAGGCACACCUCUGGCGUCCUCCGCUACAGCCUGGCGGGCGUCCUGAGCGGCGGCGGCGGAGCCGCCGCGCGGGCAGCGCGCCCGCUGGGCGUCUGCACGGAGGAGGGCGGGCCGAGCGCCGAGGACGGCGUGGAGGCGCUCGUGCACCUGGGCGCCGAGCGGCUGCUGGCGAUCUGCGAGGCGGGGGGCAGAGGGUGGAUCGUCAACGGCAGCCUGAGCGGCGACAGGGAGGAGGUGGUGCUCCGCGUUCCAGACGGCUUCAGAGUCACAGGCGCGACGGUGGCCCCCGGCGCAAGCAGCAGCGCCGAUGGCUGGGACGUGCUGGUGCUCCUCGCGAAGUGGCAGGGCGAGAUCGAAGGCUACGGCCAGCACCUGCGCGUGGUGGAGCGCCGCCGCCUGGCGCGCAUGGGCAGCAGCUUCUCGGGCGGCGCCGCUGCCGGGGCGCGCCGCUGGGAGAUGCUGAGCACCGUGCCCCCCGUACUCGUGGAGAUGCGGUCGGAGGAUGGCUACCCUCUCGACAACGUGGAAGGCGUUGCCCUGGUGCGGACCAACAACGGCCGCGAGCUGGUCUUCGCGGUGUCGGACGACAACGGGGCGUCCUGCCAGCGCACGGUCCUGUUGAUGCUCGAGCCGGGUGCUGCCGGUGCUGCCCGUUCGGGUCCCAGACCAGGCGUGGGCUCGGGCCCGAUCGAGUACUGCGGGCCGCAGGGUGACGCCGACUUCGCGGCCAUGGUCGAGGAGUUCUGGUCGCCGCCCCCAAGCCUCGGCCGCCUGGUGGGCGCGGCCGUGUUCACACGGCACGGCGACCGAACGCCCCUGGCGGACCUGGAGGCCAGCGAGGGCGAGUCGGGCCCCGCCUGGCUCUGGGGCAGCAGCUGCAGCAGGUACUUUGCCGCCGGCACGCCCCUGAAGUCGCUCAGGCAUUGCGCGACGGCCUGGACGCCGCCGCCGCCCUCGUUCCGUCUCGACUACAGGCCGGGCGUGGGCUCGCAGACGUUCAAGGACACCCUGACCGAGCUGUCCGAGGCACUGCGCGGGCCCAGCGUGCUGGUCAACGCGGGGCAGCUGACCCUGUUGGGCUCCCACCAGCUGCGGCGCGUCGGCGCGCUGUACGGCCGGCGCUACGCCGCACUGCGGCCGGGGCUCUCGGCCAUGGUGGCGCGGAGCACGCCUUUCAACCGCACGGUGCUGAGCGCCUCGGCCUUCAUCGCGGGGCUGCGAGAGGGCGCCCCAGGCUCGGUGCCCGAGGCGUUGGCGUUGCGGGUGGAGCCGCGGCUGACCGUCACGUUUUCUCCGCCCGAUGACGCUGCCGUGGCGCAGGGCUACGGUGUCGACACUCACGAGGCCUCGAGCCAACUCGACUCCACCGCGACGGAGCUCGCGCAGCUGCUGGGCAUCCCGAGGGACCUCUUCGACAAAGCCUCGGAUCCGCUGCACGACUGCCUGGAGGUCUCCGCCUGCUGGGGCAAGUCCUGGGCCUGGCCAGGCCUGCUGCAGGACGCGUCGGUGCGCGAGGAGCUGCUGGAGUACAAGAAGGCCGCCUGGCGGCGCAGCUGCGAGGAGCGCCCCAACGGCUCCGCGCCGACGCUCUGCCAGGUGAUGACGCGGGCGGUGCUCUCGGAGGCGCUCGCGGACAUGGAGGGCGGCCGCCUCGGCUACUUCUCCGGCCACGACAGCACGCUGCUGCCCCUGUUCUCUGCGCUCGGGCUGCCCAGCGACCACCCCUUCCCGCCGCUGGCGGCGCACCUGGCCCUGGAGCUGUACGAGGACGGCCACGGCCAGCGCAGUGUCGCCGUGGUGCUCAACGGCCGGCUGCAGCGGCCCGAGCGGUGUGCCGCGGGCACCUGCACCCCGGACGAGCUCCGCGGCGGCUUCGUGCCACGCUCGCCGGGCUCCUCCUCCCGGGCGCCGGGGCGGGGGCCCGCCGUGCGCGCGCCGCUCUGCGUGCUCGCUUUCAUCCUGUCCGUCGCGCUGGUGCACUGAGGAGACUCGUCCUCUCCUUCCUCUUUUGUCUUGAGCAAGCUGCAAGGCACACACCUGGAGCUUAAGUGAGCGGCGGCCGCGGCCGCCGCGACAAGGCAGUGCGAGCCUCCUUGAACUCGAUGCCGAAUUCUUGGAGGACAGCUGCAAGUCAGGCGUCUGGCCUCUCACCAAAAGGCCUGCUG